GGGACUGUGUUGCGCAUUCAAUAAUAAUUACGAAUUUAAGGGAAAUAAAAGGAACGAGAGAAAAACAACGUUUCAUAUGCGAAAUUUAGACAAUAUUGGAUUGUCAGGUUCGCUUAUAGUUACCACUGAUUAUGAUCCUGAUAGCGCUAUAGACGGCAGUAUUGUAGACAGUGGUGCUUCAAGGGUAAGUGUAAUACAGCCGUCCGAUUUCCCAGAUGUAGAAAAUGCAAAGCUAGUGCCGUCAAACCUGGAAUCUUUUAAUUUCAUCCAUCCCACGUACACUUAUCUCUCUGAUGAUGUCGCAGCUUUACCAUUAUCCAGCCGGAAUUGUUACUCCCGUGACGAAAUAACUGUUCGCUUUUUCCAUGAAUACUCCAAAUCUGACUGCGACUUGCUUUGCGAAGUUGAAGAGAUAGAACGCAGAUGCCAUUGUCUUAUGAUUUACGUCCCUCAUGUUAAAACUAAACUGGCCUGCAACACGACUGAUAUCAACUGUAUUAUAUCAGUCAAAACAAAAUAUAGCGAAUGGUUCAAUGAGGAAAAAUGUCAUUGUCCCCGGGAUUGCUCGUCUUUUGAAUAUCGUAUAGAAGCAACACUUGGAAACCUAUUAUCAGUGAGGCAGAUUGCUCACAACAUGUACGGCUAUUUAAAUUUGAAUAAAAGCUCGACAAUUUUACAUUUUAACAUCCCAAGAACAGUUUAUGUGAGACAAAGACAGGAGACAGUCAUGUCUUUGAUAACCUUAUGUUCGAAUCUUGGAGGCGUUUUCGGUCUAUGCAUGGGAUGCAGUGCCGUUAGUUUGUUUGAGAUAUUAUAUUAUUUGUACAUUGCUAUAAAAAUGAGGAUGGAAAAUAAAAGGACUCGUAGGAUGCGUAAAGGUGCAGUCCAUCCUUAUUUCUCUUAACGUGCAAACAGCAUGUAGAUAGAGAUAGAAAGUAAAAGUUAAAUUAAAAGAAACACGUGGAUAACUUAUUUGCAAGCACUGAUUGAUGCACACGCUUAUAUUUAUUAAAAUAAAUAAAUAAAAAUAAAUUAAUAAUGAAAACAGUUCGACCAACAACUCAAUCGUUUGAUAUACCUUGUAGCAAAGACUACGACUAUGUACAUUGUAAUUUUAGCUUUUUGUCUGGCAAUAAAGUUUUUUA